AACCUGAAGAGAACGAAGUAAAAAAGUUGUUCAUCAGCGAUUUCUGUGCUCUGCACACGUUUGUUUAGGAAGCUGCUGCAAAAGUGAGAAAAACCAGUGCAAAAAGUGAUUAAUUGUGUUCAAUCUAGUUUAAAACUUACAACGAUUGUAAAUUCUGUUAAAGGAAAAAAUAGACACAAAAAUGGCACGCUACCGUGAAUGGGAUCUCCAGUGCAAGGUGUACGUUGGCAAUUUGGGAUCGUCAGCAUCGAAGCACGAAAUUGAGAGCGCCUUCGGAAAGUACGGUCCACUGCGAAAUGUUUGGGUCGCCCGUAACCCACCCGGUUUCGCCUUUGUCGAGUUUGAGGAUAAACGCGACGCAGAGGAUGCGGUCCGCUCGCUGGAUGGCACGAGAUGCUGUGGAACCCGUAUUCGGGUUGAGAUGUCCUCCGGUCGCACUCGGCGAGAUGACAGAACCAGGCGGCCUCGUCGCUCGUACAGGGCAAGCUCUUCUAUGAAACUCAGCGUCAGCAACUUCCGCCACAGAACUUCAUCUAACCAACCUUCUACUAGUAGUUCUACUAUUGAAAUUAGUGCAACCAUCAACUCCACCACCAAAACCACCACCACCACAACUACAGCCAUCACCACAACCAAAAAAAUCACCACUAUCACCACCACCAAAAAGACCUCUUCAGCCUCUUCGAUCUCUUCUAGACUUGUUCGCUCUUUCGUCGCGCAAGCUCUUCAAGUAGUCUCCCAAUCAACACUGCUGCAACAAGUGCAACCACUGCUGCUGCUGCUGCUACUGCUGCUCCUACAGCAUCUGCGACCGCUGGUACAGUCGCCAACGUCAGCAUUUUGGCAGCUGCUGCAACGUUCGACGACAUCGCCGCUGCUGCUGCCGCUGAAAACAAGCGCCAAACACACUUGCUCUCAACUGCAGCAUCAACUUUUAAAAUUUAUACCUCCAACCUGAGAGUUUUGUGGGUAACUGAUCAACCUGGGUAAUGAAACUCGACCCUCGAAGGUCGAACAGAGCGUCUCCGGCAGAGACACUCCCACGUCAACAGCCGUGUCAGUGAUCAUACAUUGGAUCAACGGCUCCUCAACUCAUCGCGCAGCGUACAUCUCGACGAUCUUCCAACUCUUCUCCCCAACUUCUCGGCCCGAAGCGAUCUGCCAGCAAUCAGUGCAAGUGCAAACGGUUCUGCACCUUGGUCUUCCGAAUCGUUCUUCCACCAACAACACCAUUGUGACAACCCUUCUACUACUACUACUACUACUACUACCACCAUCACCAACAAAACCACCUCAACUACUACUACUACUACUGCUACUGCUACAACCGCUUCUAGAAUCGAGUAGUGCGCCCAGCUAAUCAUCAGACCGCGUGUUCUUCUUCGCGCAUAACCGUCAUCGUCAGCGGAUUCGAGCAAAAACCGCGCGGCACCUUCUUCAAACAGAACACAAAGUGGCCGAUCGCUUCGUCUCGUCUGUGUCCCCACCAAAAAAAUGUGUCACCACCACCGUCGUCACCACAACCACCGACAGUGGGCGUGCGCCAGCCUCAACUCGUCAGUCACCACCACAACACAUCCUAGCUUUUUUACAGUUAUGCCACAGGCUUCGUUCCCCAAUAUCAAAAUACAAAAUGCCUGCAAAACAGACAUUUACUUGGAAAAGGUAGGAUGAUUUGAAUUCCUGUAUUUGUUUUCUUUUUCUUUUCUGUUCAAGAGAAGGUUUUUUCUAGCUAAUGUUUUUAUUAGAUUUUUUCUGAACGUCUAUGUGCUACGCGUGUGUGAGUACCGUGUCUCAUUCACAUGUGUCCUAAUUUUCUUUUCUCCGUUUUUCCUCUAACAGAUCUCAUUAUCACGACUUCCCCAUCCUUGCAUAUCCUUGGUACAAUUUGUCCACAAAAAUCUCAUUCAAGUUGGUUCUUUAUAUCGCGAAUAAUUGGAAAUAUCAACACUGUGUGUGUGCGUGUAAACCUUUCCUAUUUUGUUCCUUUCCCGGUAACACGACUACGCAACGUUCGUGUCUAGGGCCAAAGACAACCACAUUAAUCAUUCUCAUCACCCAUCAUAUUACGAUCAUCGGCUGGUGCUUCCGGCUUCGAUUGUUGGGCGAUUCAGUCGUUCUGCUACUUUCGUUUAAAAAAAUAGUUAAUUUAUUUCACCUUUCCUAUAAAACAAAGUCGCCGCACAUCCUGUGAGCCUUCAAAAUUGCCGUUUCUCAGACACAUCUGUAUUCUCAAAAGGAAAAAUCAAAAAGAGCAUCUACCCUCUUCCGGAUAUUAUGCGACGGUCACUGACUUGUGAUAGACAUCGACGGCCCACCUUUUCCGAACAUAAGACUUCACACAGCGGGGAAAAUUGUGGUUCGGUAGUGCGGUAACGCCUCUUUCGGACUCUUCGUGGCUUUCAUCGAUAAAACAACAAAAAAAGUCACUUCACCAUCAACCAUAACAGUCAACUGGAUUGACCUGUUUAAUCUCAUCAAGUCGUAUUUUUCUCUCUUUCUCCCCCCGCGAUUAUCGCGCACUUCUCUCGACAGAUCCCGUUCACCACGUCGUUCCCGUUCCCGUUCUCGCAGCCUGAGCCGUGACCGCGAGCGUGAUCGUCGCAGCCGCAGUGGAUCCCGCGAACGGCGCUGAGCAAUUUUCCGGAAGGACACAUUUAUUGCAGAAAAAAAGUUUAAGAUUUUCUUGACAGGACUUAAUCCUAUCCUUAAAAAGUGACGAGAAAGAAAAACUAAAGUUCAAAUCGUGUAGUUGUUCGAUUUUAUGGUUACAGACAGGAUUACAGUCUUCUUGGAAUACUACACUGUAACAGUUCGGACCGAGAACAGUUCAUUUUUCAACACAACAAAUGAAAAAAACAUUUAAAAUAGUUUGUAAGCUAGUGACACCCUACUUUUAUCCGAGUUAGAUCCGGAGCAAAACAAAAAAACCUAGUGUUUUAGACGAUAUUUAUCAACUCACUAACAGUUUUAUUUGCUCUUCAAACCGGAUGAAGGGACACGCAUUUCUCGAUUCCUUGGUUCGGGUACUAACACCCAGAAAACAGAAAAAAUGAAUAUUAUACUAUUAGAGUCCUAAACACAUAUAUAGGAAUCGUACAUGUAUUUUUAUUAGUUAUCAAAACCUACAUAUAAAUAAAGUGAGAUAUAGUAAUGAUUGUAA